CUUUUCUCCCGUCAGCAGACAACAGCCAUGCACACAUGAAUGAAGAGCGGCAGAGAAGAAGUGAUUACUGCAGCAGGCUGAUCUCAGAGCCCGGCGUGUUCUUGGACUCCUUCUCCUACCAGGACACCAGCCUGACCUCAGACACCGUCAGUGUGGACAGCUCCGACAGCAUGGAGACCAGCUUCUCCGCCUGCUCCCCCGACAACAUCUCCAGUGCCAGUAUGUCCAACAUGGCAAAGCUGGAGGAGAUGGAGCGUUUACUCCGAGAGGCCCAGGCUGAGAAGCACAGGCUCCUUGAGCAUCGGGAGCGUGAGAUGGAGAUGCGCAGGCAUGCUCUGGAGGAAGAGCGAAGAAGAAGAGAGGAACUGGAGAAACGUUUGCAGGAGGAGACGAGCAGGAGGCAGAAACUGGUGGAGAGAGAGGUGAAGCUCAGGGAGAAACAAAGAUCACAGUCUCGGCUGUUGACCCGCUACCUCCCUAUGAGGAAAGACGACUUUGAUCUUCACGGUCACAUUGAGGCAGCUGGACACAACCCAGACACCUGCUUCCAUCUGGCCAUCACUGAUAAAACCUGCCGAGGCUUCCUGGUUAAAAUGGGCGGCAAGAUCAAGACCUGGAAGAAACGCUGGUUUGUUUUCGACCAGAAUCGCAGGACUCUCACAUACUAUUCAGGUGAGUUACCCUCAUGUUGGGGUUUCCCUUGUAGUGUGUCAUAGAGAAUGUUGUGCAUG